AUGGCAUCGACUGAUCUGGCCAGCGCCGGACUCACCGACUCGGACUUUGAAACUCACAAGAUAUUCGCUGGUGGGUUGAAUAGAGCCACAACAGCUGAGGACUUGAAGUCCUACUUUAGCAAAUACGGUGAAGUUGUACACAGCGAGAUUGUUGGUGAUAAAGUAACUGGAAAAAGCAGGGGUUUUGGUUUCGUUACGUUCUCUAAUGAGGAUGCCAUUAGGGCAGUACUAUCUAAAACACACAAACUAGAUAAUGUAGUAGUGGAUGUAAAGCUUGCGGUACGAAAAGACCGAGCAAAGCAAUUGUUACCUCCAAAAGAUGAGUACAGCAGAAUAUUCGUCGGUGGUGUUUCCGAGAAUAUUACUGAAGAGUAUUUCAAAGAGUAUUUCUCGCGUUACGGUCAUAUAACAUCGUAUAACUAUAUAGUAGAUAAGGAUACAAAUAGGCCUCGGGGUUUCGGUUUUGUAAUUUAUGAAAAAUCGGAGGACUGUGACAAGGCUAUAGGCCCUCAUAUUUCGUUGGGGAGGAAUUGUGAAGCAAAGAGAGCCCAGCCUAAGCCAUCAAAGGGCCAGAAUAUGGAGGGGUUUGACUAUAAUCAAUAUUUAUAUGCCCAAGCUAAUAUGAUGUACAAUCCUUACUUUGCACAAAUGUUUGGUGGACAAUUUCCUUUUCCAUACGAUCCAUCAACAAUGCCCUUCCCUUUCAUGCCAAACAUGAAUCCAGAAGCUCAGGGUAGUAAGGAAGGUGAAACUACAGAGGAGAGUGAAGAGACGCAAGGGUUUAACCCGUACUUUAAUCCGUAUGAAAAUAUGGGUGCCUAUCCCAAUCCUUAUGCAAUGUAUGGUCAAAUGAGUCAGUAUGGACAGGCUGGUCGGAAUGCUGAUGAUAGCUCGAACAAGAAUUCCAAAAGAUCACCCUCCAGACGCUCUAGCAGGGAUCGUGGUCGUUCUAGGGAAUCCAAACGUUCUCGUAGGCGCUCUAGGGAUUCACAUCGAGAUCGCAGGGAGAGGAGCAGACGGUCUCGCAGUCGCAGUUCUCACAGACAUGGAUCUAAACACAAAAGACACGGUUCUCGUUGA